AUGGAGGCUUUACAAAGACCUCAGAUCAUUUGCCAUAAUCAGAAAAAUGUGGAUUAUUCAGUUCAUGAUGUUAAAUGGAUACCUUGUUCCGCUAAGUUUGUGACACUUGGAGGAAAAUCGAAUGGAUCUGGUAUUAUUGAAGUAUAUUCGUUAACUAGUGAGAAUGUUGAGAAAGUACAUGAAUUUGGCAAAAAAGAACAUUUUAAGUGUGGUACGUUUGAAGCAUCGAGUUUAAGAAAUAGACAUUUAGCUACCGGUGAUUUCUCUGGGAGAUUACAAGUGUGGGAUUUGGAGGAUCCUAUUUGGCCAGUAUAUAAAAGUACUGCUCAUACCGCUAUCAUAAAUUCCAUUGACGGUGUGGCGGGAACAAGUUCUGGAUGUGGUGCACCAGAAAUAGUGACGGGCUCUAGAGAUGGUACCGUUAUGGUGUGGGAUGUAAGACAAAAAGAUACUCCUGUAGCUAAAUUCGUGCCAUCAACAGAAACGUCUGCAAGGGAUUGUUGGUCAGUUGCAUUUGGCAACUCAUAUAAUAAUGAAGAAAGGGUUGUUGCUGCGGGAUAUGAUAACGGAGAUAUUAAACUGUUCGAUCUUAAAACUAUGUCAUUGCGUUGGUCUAAGUGUCUUAAAAAUGGUGUGGUUGGAAUUCAAUUUGAUCGAAAAAAUAUUCCCAUGAAUAAACUGGUCGCAACAACGUUGGAAUCUAAGAUAUUCUGUUAUGAUGUUAAGACUAAACACCAUAAGAAAGGAUUUGCUUGCGUGACAGAGAAAGCACACUCUUCCACGGUGUGGACCGUUAAGCAUUUGCCUCAAAAUAGAGAUAUAUUUAUGACGACAGGUGGGGCUGGCAGUUUAUGCUUAUGGAAAUACACAUAUCCCGAUAAAGGGUAGAAAAAGAUGCAGAUGGAAUACCUUAUGGAAUUCCAGGAGAGAUAUCUUGUUUACAAAAUUCCACAUUAUCCGAUC